GCAACAACCAUUUCAAGCAAACAUACUGGGAUUAUUUUUUAUAGCUUUCCUUUUAUCUGCUCGCCAUGGUUCUCGAAGAUCAGCGAUUCAUCCAUGAGGAUCUCGAGCGUUUAGAGCAGGGAAUCGCUGACCGGGCGGCUGAAGAACCUCGAAAUAUACGUGAAAGACUUGCACGGGACCAUCAAAUCGCCGGAUUCUUAGAUCGUAUUGAAGAACAGUCAAAAAGGUUACUCGACAUCUAUAAAGAUGCCGAAGGUCUACGUGCUCAGGAAAUCCAGUCCAUCUCUACAGGCGACGCGUUCGAAGAAUUCUACAAGCGCUUGGACGAAAUAAAAGACUUCCAUAAACGCUAUCCAAAUGAACCGGUCGAGAACUUGGAGCGCGCAUAUAAGCGACGACACCCAGGAGAGGGUGAAAGCUUCGCCCCCGAAAUAGAUUCUAUGUUCACCGGAGAAGAGGCCUAUGGGCAAUUCUUGGAUUUGAUUCAGCUCCACGAGGACUAUCUCAAUAUUCCCGGGAUCAAACGACUCACAUACAUUCAGUAUAUCGAUCAAUUCGAUGUGUUUACUCCCCCACAAAUGCCUAUCAAACGGUCAGCGAAGGUUUCAGAUAGAUACUUCAAGUACGUGGGCGAUUUGACAAGCUAUCUUGAGAGUUUCCUGAAGCGUGUCCGACCCUUGGAGAACCUCCCCAAACUAUUCGCAUCUUUUGACGAGGAGUUUGAUAAACAGUGGGCCGCAAAGGAAGUUCCAGGAUGGGGCGCUGAAGCCACUACCAAUGAAACUGCUGUUGGACCCAAAACUGAGGGUACAGGGGAAGGUAUAUGGUGUGCCGACUGCGAAAAAGAGUUUAAAAACGAGAAUGUCUACAAAAAUCAUCUGACAGGGAAGAAGCACAUCAAAGCUGCUGAAGCGAAGAAAGCCAAUGGGAUCACAGCGACCAAUGGUUCUGCGUCAGCAGGUGGUAUAAAAGACGCAACCUUAAAGUCACUCAAAGAACGGGCAGUUGCUGAACGUGAACAUCGCAUUCGAUGCUUAACCAAAACACUACAGUUUGAACGGGAAGCAACAAGGGUGAACGUGGAGCGAAAACAAGGUAUGACGGAGCGUGAGAGGCAGAUGGAAAUCGAAGCCCUUAUGGCAGAUACGGAGCCAUCAUCCGGUGCCUUUGGCCGCGAAGAAGAAUCAGAUGAAGAAGGAGACGACAGGAUAUACAACCCGCUUAAACUACCACUUGCAUGGGACGGUAAACCUAUUCCUUACUGGUUGUAUAAACUGCAUGGCCUUGGCGUGGAGUAUCCCUGCGAAAUCUGCGGUAACUUCGUUUAUAUGGGUCGACGCGCGUUCGAUAAGCACUUUUCAGAAGCACGACAUAUUUAUGGGUUGAAAUGUUUGGGUAUAACUCAACAAACCAACUUGUUCCGCGAGAUUGUCAAAAUCGAAGAUGCAAUGCGACUGUGGGAGAAACUUGAGCAGGAAAGGAAGAAGGAGAAGGAAAGCAAGGAGAAUGUGGUACAAAUGGAGGACGCCGAAGGAAACGUCAUGCCAGAAAGAAUCUACUAUGAUCUUCAAAAGCAAGGCAUUCUAUGAUUUGUCUUCGUGUUUCGCUCUGUUCUAUGGUUAGCUACUACAUUGGAGGUGGGGGGCGUGCACGAGAUCAGGUGUCAGGUCAAUACAUGCGUACUACUUCCCAAGGAUUCGGUUAUCUGUUCAUUAUCUGUAGGACUAUAAAG